AUGCUGAGAACGGCCCUGAGACGAGCUGCCAAACCUUCCCGGGUGCCUCGAAGAACUCUCACAACCUCCCUUCCGGCUCUGUGCUCUCGAACAGAGUGCCAGAAGUCCGCCAACCAGCCCAUCACCCUCACAGCCGAAACCAAGUCCAUCUCGGACCGUCAGCAACUAUAUUGGAUCUCCCCUGAGUCUCCAGGCUCGGCAUUUUUCCUGCCCCAUGGCCAGCGAAUCUACAGCCGACUGGGCGAGUUCAUGCGACUGCAAUUGCGGGUCUUUGGCUUUCAGGAAAUCUCGUCUCCCAUCAUGUACAAAAAUUCGUUGUGGAAGCAGUCUGGCCACUGGGAGAAAUUCCAGGACGACAUGUUCAGAGUGCAGCCUGGUCAUGAAGAGACUUCUGUCGAGGAAGAGUUCUCUCUGAAGCCUAUGAACUGUCCUGGACAUUGUCUUCUGUUCAACAGUCUGAAACGAAGCUACAGAGAGCUGCCUCUGAGAUACUCUGACUUCUCGCCUUUGCAUCGAAAUGAGGCUUCCGGCGCUCUUAGUGGACUUACGCGUGUUCGACGGUUCCACCAGGAUGAUGGACAUAUUUUCUGCACUCCUGAGCAGGUUGAGAGUGAGAUUUCGCGAGCUCUCAAACUGGUGCAGCAGACCUACAACACUUUUGGGCUGGAGAUUUCGCGUGUUGUGCUCUCUACCCGUCCCGAGACAUUUAUUGGAGAUAUUGAGCAGUGGAACGACGCAGAGAAGGCUCUGACCUCGGUGCUGGACUCAUGGUCUGUUUCCAAGGGAAAGUGGGAGCUGAACGCUGGCGAUGGUGCCUUUUACGGUCCCAAGAUUGACAUUCUCGUUAAGGACAAGCAUGGAAAGGAACAUCAAACCGCUACUACGCAGCUCGACUUCCAGCUUCCGGAGCGGUUCCAGCUCAAGUACUUUGAUGCAUCCGAGACCGCCCAGAGGCCCGUUAUGGUCCACCGGGCAGUGUACGGUUCGCUCGAGCGGUUCUUGGCUAUUCUGAUUGACCAUUACGAAGGUAAGUGGCCCCUGUGGCUUUCCCCUCGACAGUGCAUGGUGCUCCCCGUGGGAGAGGCUCAGAACGAGUUUGCCGAGAAGGUAGCUGCCCAGCUGUCUGGCCUUCCUUCCAUCACAGAUCAGUCCACUCCUCUGUCUGCUAGCACUUUGUUCUGCGAUGUCGAUACUCGAUCUGAGACACUGGGCCAGAAGAUUAAGCAGGCUCGAAACGAGGGAUACUCUUAUAUUGCUGUGAUUGGCGAUAAGGAGAUGCAGGAGGGCAAGGUGACUGUCCAAAAGCCUGGUAAGAAGGACCGUCAGCUUCUGACUGUUGAUGAGGCCCGAGACUUUUUCCACAAGGAGCAGAAUGCUUUCAGAUAA